ACCUUUUCGGAUUUUUAUAAUUUAACCGGUGUUUUUGGACAAAACUGCAGCGCAAAGCCCGUAAUCUCGCUGUCAACGUGGCUAACAGCGUAACUAACACUGAGCCCCACCUAUCGACCUGUCGGCCUCAGGCAUGCAUGAAACCAACUUGGCUAGCUCAGUCCGGAUCGGUUUUCUCCCGUUUUUGUCCCUGCUCUAAAGUCCGGUUUUCUGCCAGUUAGGUGCUUCGGAGGCCACCAUGAACUCGCUCCUGAGCAAACUCGGGGCCCUGCUUGCUCACGAGUACUCUCAUCCGUGGCAUCUGCGGCGACAUCCAGUACAUCAACGACGAGAUGGCAGCAUGCAGGCCUUCCUGGGCGAUCUCAGCAGCACGGCCCCGCAGGGCCACGACCAGCGGAUGAAGGACUGGAUGAAGCAGAUCUGCGACAUCACCUAUGGCAUCAAGGACUGGGUCGACGACUUCGCGCACCGCCUCUCCCACGACCCCACCACCGGCUCCGGCUCCGAGAUCUGUUGCGCCUUCCACCAAUCCGGCGUCUACAAGAUCUGGAACCUUGCAGCCCCGCUGAGACAUCGCGUCCGCCGUCGCCGGAUUCGACGCUGCCGAGAACCCGCAGACAAGGCCUGGAGCUUGUUGGCACCAAGAAUCCUGUCGGGGUGGAAGGAGAUGGACGAUGAGCUUGGGAAAUGGGUCACCAUCGCCACGGCGUUGUACCAGAGAUUCCACGACCGGUUUGAGCGCCGGGUGAUGGUCACGGUGUCUCAGAGCUCCGACAUUGAGGCGAUACGACCAUGUUUGAGUAGGGCCGAACCCAGCCGAAGCAGCAGAAAAUGGGAGAAAACUGAACCGUACCGAACCAGCUAAUCCAGUUUCCGUGUCUGAGCCGACAGGUGGGCCUCGGUCUGAGUUACGCUCCUAAAUAUGUUGACAGCGAGAUUGCAGAUUUUGUGCUAAAGUUUUGUCAAAGAA